UUUGUGUUGACAUUUCGUUACAUCGGUCGAAUACGAGUACGCUCGAGCAAUUGUGAAAAGCUGCGCAAUUUCCUUCCACAUUUGUUUUAAAUUUGCUUGAUUAAGUAACAAUUGAAAAGUUAAGAGUUGGUUCCUAAAUUAUUCCAAAGAGGUUUUGUAGUUUAAAAUAUAACCACGUAAUAUAAUUUUGUUAAAAAUGUUUAUACUUCUUCGGAAUACCUAUGCUCGGUGCUCUCGUUUGGAAAUUAUAAACAAAUUAACUUGUAUAACUGCUCUAAAUUGUUCUGUUUCUCCUAAAAGGAAUGUGUCAAUUAUUGGUGGGUCUACAUUCAUAAAUCGAAGAAGUUUCUCAGGAUUGGGUGCAAGCGAAAUUCCCCGAAUACUGCCAAUGUGAAGCAUGUAAAGGUGGACAAUAAAAUAAGAACAGAAGAAAGAAGGUCUAUUUUGCUGGAUCCAUUCAAGUCAAGGAUUCAUCCAUGGUUCAAAUUUGUGCUCGGCCAGUUAGAAGACGUCUGGUGGAAAAUAACAAUGUCUAUUCAACAAAAUAUUGAAUAUGCACACAAUCUUACCUUCCGUUUUAAUCAUAUUUAUUAAUUUUUUGAAGUGUUCUUAUUUUGCUGUCCUCUUCCAAUGUGAUUCAGCAUACCAUUUAAGAGCUACUUUUUUUACAAUGUAAUGUUUUUGAUUAUAUUUUUAGUAAAAAUUAAACUACUGUAUGAACCAAUAAUAAUACAUUUUAUUUGAAAUUUUCACUAGUUGUGAUAGAACUUUUUUUUUUAUGGGUUUUUGUACACUGACCGACACUGUAUAUUGUAAAACUUUUAUAUUUACUACACAUACAGUAGAAUAAAUGUAUCACAUUGUUAAGAGUAUUCAGAUUAGUUUAUCUUAACUACAUUUAUACGAGUAUAUGCAUAGCUCUUAAUAAAAAGCUUUCAAAGCCCUCCAUUAAUUCCCACCAUAAAUUCGACUUUAAACUAAGAAUGACUAUCAAAAUAUCACAUGAUAGUAUACUUAUGUAUACUUGCAAUUUUUUGUUUUUAAGUUGAGCAUUAACGUUGUGGGAUUUAUUGAAAUAAUCAAAAUGCCAUCUAACUGCAAGAUCAUUUAAUGACGAAGCAUUCAAACCAAAUUGAAACGUAUAAAACCCAGUGUCUAAUUUCAAAUAAACUUAAAUAUAUUAAGAGAUAAUAAAUCAUUACUUUCCAAAAAUUUUUUGUUUUUAAGAUAAACCACACGAUCGAAAAACUACAGAUAGCUUACUGCAAGAAAAGAUGGAAAACAAAACUGAAAAAAUUAAUGUAAAUAAGGAAGAGCUAAAGAAACGUUUAACGCCACUUCAGUAUCAAGUGACACAAGAAGCAGCUACAGAGCGACCAUUUACAGGUUGUUAUAAUAAGCACUAUGAAAAGGGCGUAUACCGUUGUAUAGUUUGCCAGCAAGAUCUCUUCAGCUCGGAUAGAAAAUAUGAUUCAGGCUGUGGAUGGCCCGCAUUCAAUGAUGUGCUUGAUAAGGGCAAAAUAACCCUGCAUCGUGAUGCUAGUAUUCCAGGCAUGGUGCGAACUGAGGUGCGCUGCUCCAAAUGCUCCGCGCAUAUGGGACACGUUUUUGAUGAUGGGCCGCCGCCAAAGAAUCUACGCUACUGCAUCAAUUCAGCGUCGAUUGAUUUUGUACCGCUAAAGCCCAACAGCAACAUUGCCUCUGGUUCACCUUCCACAACUGCUUCUUUCUCAAAAGGGCAUGUGAAAAAAUAAUUAUCUGUUUACGUACAAUUUGUUUUCAUUAUCUAAACAGGCAAAUUUGUUUAUUCCUAUUUAGUACAUACACGAAAAUAGUACAUAUUGUUAUAUAAAGAAGAAAAUAAUAUUAAAAUAUAUUGUGAUGUAUAAAAAUUGAGAAAAGCGAAUGUAUUUUUGAUAGAAAAUGUAAUGUGGAUCAUGAUAAAAUUGCCUUGGGUAUAUAUGUACAUAAUGGAUAUACAUAUGUAUACAUAUUCGCUAUAAUUUGUUUCUUUUAAAACUUCGAUAUUUUCAUAUGAAUUGUCAUAAAUGGAUAUUUAUAUAGGUACAAUUUUUUCUUGGGAGAGAUAAAAUAUAUUUUACCAGAGAGAUAUUUGGACUUAAUUUCUCUUGAGUAUGACGUUUUUCAUAGUUUUUAUUUACAUAUACAUACAUACAUACAUGGGUAGAUAAAUUCAUUUAAACAUUGACUAAUUCAUAUAUAUAGUUUACAAUUAACGCUUGCUGGUGUUUUUAUUUUAGUUUGCUUGAAAACUAUUUGUUGACUUGAUCAAUGUGGUUAUAAAUUGUGGCAAGCGUAGAGAAAUUAAAAAAUGUCGGUAAUUUCGAUAUAUGUUGGUGGCAGGGUUGCGAAUUUUUUAAUUCAAAAAUUAAAUUUUCAUUUUUUAUUUUCGAUUCCCAAGAUGUUUGGCAUUAAAAUUUAACUUUUUAAUAUAAUAUUAAAAAUUGAAAAAUUAAUUUGUAAUCUCAAAAUCAGAAUCAAAAAUUGAUAAAAUAUAAAUCGUUUGAAUGAGUAAGUUUGCCAACCAGUUGUGGUUAAUUUUAAAACAAGUUAUUUUGUUUAAUAACUAACUACAUCUAUGCUUGGGAUUAAAGUUUUUUUCAAUCCGGUAUUUAAAAAUAAAUUCGAUUUUUGUGAUUAAAUUUUUUUAUUUUUAUUUUUAAUGAUGUAUUUGGGAUGCAGGGUUCAUAUUGAUGUUUUCCGUAAAAAUUUUCUUCGAACAAAUUACAUGCAUUGUUUAUUAAUUCUCGAACGGUCAGGGAUCGAGUUCCGAUCAAGGUUGUAAGUUUCGCGCUCGAAUGCCGUAGCUGGUAAAUGUACCACAUUCUGUGUCUACGUGUUCACUUUAAUUACGUUAUAAUGAAUCGGUUCGUUAUGCAUCAAAUUUUUUGUAUCCUGAUAUGUUCGGCCACCAAUUAUAAAUUGGCUAUUAUUAUUUUUUUUUGUUUACAUUUUUUUUUAUAAUAUUUUUAUAUUCAUGUCUUUACCAAAUGCAGCUUAUCAAUAUGUUAUUAAAUGCAUUAUUUUAAAAGUAAAAUAUAUACAGUUGUUUAUAUAUGAAAUUUUGACAUUGAAAAUAAUAAAAUUUUUUCGUAUAUUUUUUCUAUUUCUCCCUUUUUCGCUUUUUAUACAUGUGCCUGUACGGGGGUCUGAAAUUUACACUCAUUGCAACACACAAUUAUAAAAUAAACGCAUUAAUGUUUGCUAAUACAUAUUUAUAUCAAAUAAUGCAUAAACACAUAUUAAAAUCUAUUACAUACAUGCGUCAUUCAUAAAAUAAUUGAUAUGUCAUAACAUGCAUAUCCUUUAUUUUUGUGUUUUUCAAAACUUGUUAAACAAUGCAAAACAACGCUCAUGCUUAUAUUAAUUUUAUAUACAAUAAAUUAACUGUAUUUUAAAAUAAUAAACUGACAUUCUACGUUACUCAUUCAAAUGCACAAACAUUUACUGAGUGCUCUUUGCUGAUUUAUUUUUACUUUUAUUUAAUAAUGCAAUUUGCAUUUAUCAUCUACCCAAAUCAUUUCUCUUCAUUCUUCUAUCAUCACUUCGUUGUUAUUUUUAUUUCCACUUAUUUUGCUGUCUAUAUUCACUGUCAUGGCUCAUUUUUCACUUGUGCAUUUCAUAUUCUGCUAUAUUCUAUUAUUCAUUUGUUUUUAUAUUUGUCUAUACUUUCCGUUAAUUGUUUUAUUAUAUUUAUAUAUUUUUUUAAUUCAAUAAAAUAUUUGUCCUCUGUACCCUCUCAAAUUAUAUUAUAUUAAUAAAAUAAUAAUAUGACUCCAUCAAAAAAAAAAAUAAAAACUACCCCAAACCCAAAUUUAAUUUACACUAAUUGCAAAUUAACUAAAAAAUGCAAAAUUCAACUUGAAUAAUCGUAACACACAUCUCUAUGGAUUGUGCAUAAUUAACAUCCUUUCUAUUUUUUACCUGCCCAUCACCAAAUAUCUAAAAUAAUGUAUACAAAAUAAUAUGUUGUAUUUAUAUGCAUACUAUUUAUAAAUAUAAAUGCGUAUAACCCACUUGUGCAAAACAAAUCAAUUAAAAGGGGGUAAUAUUUUACUACUAAUUAAACAUCCAGAACGCAUACGCACAGAAGUACGCUGCGCUCGUUGCAAUGCCCAUAUGGGGCACGUCUUCGAGGAUGGACCCAAGCCCACUCGCAAACGCUAUUGUAUAAAUUCGGCUGCAAUCAAUUUCGUCUCGGCCGACGAGUUGAAUGAUACUAAUGGUGUUGGUUUAACCGAGAGCACGCGCACAUCCACCGCCACGCCCAUUUUGCAGCAAUAACGAACAACAUGCGAUUGCGAAUACCUGAAAUGGAUAAAUGACGAAAACGGUACAAAUAUCAUCGACGACUAUGCUGAAAACUGAAUUAGAUAGUUGAGAAAUUUUAUUUAAAAAAAUUUUUACAUACAUAUUAAUGUAUGAAAAUAAAUAAUGAAUCAACAAGCCAAAUUGUGGAACAAUGGGAGUUGCCAAACAUGAUUUACAUCUCAAUAAUAUCUAGAGAAACUAUCCACAAGAGAAUCAGAAAAUUAUUUUGUUUUAAAUUCAAUAAUAAGCAAUUAAAUUGUGGUUUGUUAUAAUCGGUAGGAUUUUAAGAUACAAUAGUUAUAAACUAAAAAUCUGUAAAUGGCGUUUACUCUUCUGGAAGAUAUGCCCGAUAAAUUGGAACCAAAAGUAUUCGUAUAUACAUAUAUAUGUAGAAAUGUAUAAACCUCUAUGUAUGUAUGUAUAUGAUGGGCUCUUAUCUGUUAGCAUCAAAUAACGUAAAUUAAAAAAUAUUCGCGGAAAAAGAAAACGCUGUAAAUACUUUUUCAAACAAUAAUAUUUAUAACAAUUAUGGUUAAACAGAAACUUUAUUUUCCAGAAUAUUAUUGCACAUAAUUCCAAUGUAUACCAAAUAUUUGUACGUAAUUUUUAUUUAACAUUUACUAUAUUAAUAUUAAAUUAUUAGUCACGGUUGUUAAUAGUCAAUUAGCUUUUCAAUUGUUUGUUUCACUAUAAAUUGUCAAUUCCUUCUGUAACUAUGUAAAUAAUGUCUUUAUGUUAUUUUCUAAACUAAAUAAAGAAACUUUGAAUUUUUUGAUAAAA